AUGACCACCACUCUCACUGAAGUCCCCCGCCCCGUCCCUUCUACCACGAUCAGUCUUGAUACCUAUGAUGAAGAGCAAGUCAGGUUGAUGGAGGAAAGAUGUAUCUUGGUGACUCCAGAAGACAAAGCGUACGGUGAAGAUAGCAAGAAGACAUGUCAUCUUAUGGCAAAUAUAAAUACUGGUUUACUCCAUAGAGCAUUCUCAGUGUUCCUAUUCAGACCCUCUGAUGGAAGAUUACUACUUCAAAAACGGGCGGAUGAAAAGAUAACUUUCCCAAGCAUGUGGACGAAUACUUGUUGUUCCCAUCCAUUAAGUAUAAAGUCAGAAUUGGUGGAAGAGAAUCAAGCCGGUGUAAAAGCAGCUGCAAUCCGGAAACUCCCUCAAGAACUCGGUAUACCGUCAUCUCAAAUCAAGUCUGAAGAUUUCAUCUAUCUCACAAAAAUCCAUUACCUUGCACCAAGUGAUGGACUGUGGGGAGAACACGAGAUCGAUUAUAUCCUCUUUGCAACCCUUGAUGUUGACCUUGAGCUGAAUCCCAAUGAAGUCAGCGAUGCCAAAUAUGUAUCGAAGGAGGAGUUAGAGGCUAUGUUCUCGGAUUCUGAGAACUCGUUCACACCGUGGUUCAAACUCAUCGCCCGAGAUCUUCUUUAUCCAUGGUGGGACGAAAUGAUGACCAAAUCCAAAGUACAAGGAUGGGAUUCUGAGAAGGGCGUAGGACAAGUCGAAGCUAGUCUGUUAGCAAAUGGACCUAGAGUAGGAGAAUUGGUCAAGAUGCUUUAA